AUGACAGACUAUUCCAAUUCAAAAUCAUUAUUUUUGGGAUUUGAUUUAUCGACUCAACAAUUGAAAAUUAUAAUUACUGAUGAAAACCUUACUCCAUUAGAUACUUAUAAUGUUGAAUUUGAUUCUCAAUUCAAAUCUAAAUAUACAAAAAUCAAUAAGGGAGUAAUUACUGGUGAUGAUGGAGAAGUUAUAAGUCCAGUAGCCAUGUGGUUGGAUGCCAUUAAUUAUGUUUUCGAUGAAAUGCAAAAAAGUAAAUUCCCCUUUGAUAAAGUUGUUGGGAUCAGUGGAUCAGGACAACAACAUGGAUCGGUUUAUUGGAGUGGGGAAGCUAAUGAAUUAUUAAAUGAUUUAAUUCCUUGUAAAGAAUUAUCUAGUCAAUUACAAGAUGCAUUUUCAUGGGGGUAUUCACCAAAUUGGCAAGAUCAUUCUACUGUGAAAGAAGCAGAAGAUUUCCAUAAAGCCAUUGGUAAAGAACAUUUAGCAGAAAUUAGUGGAUCUAGAGCUCAUUUAAGAUUUACCGGAUUACAAAUCAGAAAAUUUAUUACGAGAUCUCAUAGUAAAGAAUAUGAAUCAACGUCAAGAAUUUCAUUAGUAUCAUCAUUUGUUACUAGUAUUUUGUUAGGAGAAAUUGCUCCAUUAGAAGAAAGUGAUGCUUGUGGAAUGAAUCUUUAUGAUAUUCAAAAGAGUCAAUACGAUGAAGAAUUGUUGGCAUUAGCUGCUGGUGUACACACUGAAAUUGAUAAUGUUUCUAAAGAAGAUCCGAAAUAUAAAAAAUCAAUUGAUCAACUUAAACAAAAAUUAGGAGAAAUUUCACCCAUUACAUAUAAAUCAUCAGGGAAAAUUUCAAAAUAUUUUGUUGAUACUUAUGGUUUCAAUUCUGAUUGUAAAAUUUAUUCAUUUACUGGGGAUAAUUUGGCAACAAUUUUAUCAUUACCUUUACAACCUAAUGAUUGUUUAAUUUCAUUAGGGACUUCCACCACGGUAUUGAUCAUUACUAGUAAUUAUGAACCGUCAUCACAAUAUCAUCUUUUUAAACACCCAACAUUACCUGAUCAUUAUAUGGGUAUGCUUUGUUAUUGUAAUGGAUCUUUAGCUAGAGAAAAAGCUCGUGAUCAAGUAAACAAGAAGCAUAAUGUAUCCGACAAUAAAAGUUGGGAUAAAUUCAAUGAAAUUUUGGAUCAUAAUAAAGAUUUUAAUGGGAAAUUAGGAAUUUAUUUCCCCUUGGGAGAAAUUAUCCCUCAAGCACCAGCACAAACCAUUAGAGCUGUAUUGGAAGAUAAUGGAGAAAUUACUCCUUGUGAAUUAGAUAGUCAUGGUUUCACUGUUGAUGAUGAUGCCUCAGCAAUUGUUGAUUCUCAAACAUUAAGUUGCCGAUUAAGAGCAGGACCAAUGUUAAGUAAAUCAUCCACCACUAAGAAUGGGAAAACCAACUCCUCUGAGGAGUUACAACAAUUAUACGACAAUUUGGUGGAUAAAUUUGGUGAAUUAUCAACUGAUGGGAAAAAACAAUCAUUUGAAUCAUUAACUGCAAGACCCAAUAGAUGUUAUUAUGUUGGUGGAGCUUCUAAUAAUACUAGUAUAAUUACCAAGAUGGGAUCAAUUUUUGGUCCUACUAACGGUAAUUAUAAAGUAGAAAUUCCUAAUGCUUGUGCCUUGGGUGGUGCUUAUAAAGCUAGUUGGUCAUAUAAAUGUGAAUUAGAAAAUAAAAUGAUUGGUUAUGAUGAAUAUAUUGGGAAAUUAUUUGAUACUAAUGAUGAAUUAGAAAGUUUUAAAGUUGAUGAUAAAUGGGAAGAGUAUUUCACUGGUGUUGGAAUGUUAGCAAAAAUGGAAGAAACAUUGUUAAAACAAUAA